AUGGCGCCGAUAAGACGUUACCUUCGGAUCACAAAGUAUUCGGUGCUCGAAUGUCGUAUCUACCUCGACAACCCGGCCUUGGCACACUCAUGGCUUCUAAACCCCAGGAAUCCUAUGCUUGCCAAGGUCAUCGAGGCCGUCCGUCCACUAGUACUGCCAAAGCUGCGUGAGGAGAGGGAACGCGCGCAAAGCAAGAAGAGCAGCAAGAAGCGGAGUAUCAAGGACGUGGUCAUCGAGGAUGACUUUGAAGUGUCCGUCUUUCUUGCGGAAACAGACACUCGACACUCCCUGUUGCACAAGCAAAAGCACUUUCGAGACAAGGUCCAGACCAAACUAAAAUCCAACUCGUCCAAGCUCACGGGAGAAUCACGUGAAGCACCUAUCGACGUUGACGUAGAGGCCGCUCUACUUCGGGAGGCAGCCGACGACGAUGAUGUGCCCGUUCUACGAGAGGAUGGUAGCGAAGAUCAGGAGGUCAAUCUAAACGAUAUCCCUACCGUUGAUGAAACGGACGUCAUAUCCGACCCCGCCAAUAGGAGAUCAAAACGACGACGUCAACAAUCAUCGGGACCAAAGAAUGAGGGUGGCACCGAUGACGAGACCCAAGCGGUUGCCUCGGACCUAUCAGACGAUGAUGGCCUGUUCAUCGGUGACAGCGACGAUGCUGGGAGCGAAGGGCCGCCGGAAAGGAAGCGUCGCAAAUCUAAGCAGCCCGCUGCUCAGGAGGAAGAACGUGAUGACAAAAAGAAGCUCGCUAUGGACAUAUCAUACGAGGGCUUUGCCAUCUACGGCCGCGUACUCUGCCUUGUCGUGAAACGGCGGGACGUUGAGAAAACCGUUACUGGGCCUUCGAGUGGCAAGGCUCUGACGGCCCAGCCUGGCGGCCAGGCGAUGAUGGAAAACUGGAUCACGUCUACACAACUUCCCGAGGCUGCCGUAGGAGAGGACGACGCGGUUUGA